GCGGCCGGAUGACGUGGCGGGGACGGCGGAAGCGGCUCCUCCUCCUCCUUUUCCUGGUCGGAGGCUGGUGGCGACGGGACGGCGACGCGGAUGGCGCCGGCGGGGCUCCUGUGCUGCUGGGCGGGGGCCGCCCUCCUCCUCCUCGGGGCGCCGCCCCCCGCCCGGGCCGACGAGCACGACCACACGUACCAAGACAAAGAAGAAGUUGUUUUGUGGAUGAACACUGUAGGACCAUACCACAACCGUCAAGAAACCUACAAAUAUUUCUCUCUCCCUUUUUGUGGAGGGUCAAAAAAGAGCAUUGAUCAUUACCAUGAAACACUGGGUGAAGCUCUUCAAGGUGUUGAAUUGGAGUUCAGUGGUCUGGACAUUAAGUUCAAAGAGGAUGUAAUGCAGACCACCUACUGUGAAAAAGAGCUGGAUAAACCAACAAGAGAUGCAUUUGUAUAUGCCAUCAAAAAUCACUACUGGUACCAGAUGUACAUAGAUGACUUGCCAAUAUGGGGUAUUGUUGGAGAGGCAGAUGAGAAUGGAGAAGAUUACUAUCUCUGGACCUACAAAAAACUUGAAAUAGGUUAUAAUGGAAAUAGAAUUGUGGAUGUGAAUCUGACAAGCGAAGGAAAAGUUAAACUGGUUCCUAACACCAAAAUCCAGAUGUCUUACUCAGUAAAAUGGAAAAAAUCAGAUGUGAAGUUUGAAGAUAGAUUUGACAAGUACCUUGACCCAUCUUUUUUUCAACACAGGAUUCACUGGUUUUCCAUCUUCAAUUCCUUCAUGAUGGUCAUCUUCCUGGUGGGCUUAGUGUCUAUGAUUUUAAUGAGGACAUUGAGGAAAGACUAUGCUCGCUACAGCAAAGAAGAAGAAAUGGAUGAUAUGGACAGAGAUUUAGGUGAUGAGUAUGGUUGGAAACAAGUCCACGGAGAUGUCUUCAGACCAUCCAGCCACCCUUUAAUAUUUUCAUCACUUAUUGGGUCUGGCUGCCAGAUCUUUGCCGUUUCUUUCAUAGUGAUCAUUGUGGCCAUGCUUGAGGAUUUAUACACAGAGAGAGGAUCAAUGCUAAGUACGGCUAUUUUUGUUUAUGCUGCAACAUCCCCCGUGAAUGGCUACUUCGGAGGAAGUCUUUACGCCAGACAAGGAGGAAGGCGGUGGAUCAAGCAGAUGUUCAUUGGGGCCUUCCUGAUCCCUGCCAUGGUGUGUGGCACGGCCUUCUUCAUCAACUUCAUCGCCAUCUAUUACCACGCCUCCAGGGCAAUCCCCUUCGGCACAAUGGUUGCCGUGUGUUGCAUCUGCUUCUUCGUCAUUCUUCCCUUGAACCUCGUGGGCACAAUUCUUGGGCGGAACCUUUCUGGCCAACCCAACUUCCCUUGUCGAGUCAAUGCCGUUCCUCGUCCGAUCCCAGAGAAGAAAUGGUUUAUGGAACCUGCAGUUAUUGUGUGCCUGGGUGGGAUUCUCCCUUUCGGAUCAAUUUUCAUUGAAAUGUAUUUUAUCUUCACCUCUUUCUGGGCUUACAAAAUCUAUUACGUCUAUGGCUUCAUGAUGUUAGUGUUGGUCAUCCUCUGCAUCGUGACAGUUUGUGUGACCAUCGUGUGCACGUACUUCCUACUAAAUGCAGAGGACUACAGGUGGCAAUGGACAAGUUUUCUGUCUGCUGCUUCAACUGCUAUCUAUGUUUACAUGUAUUCCUUUUAUUACUACUUUUUCAAGACAAAAAUGUACGGCUUGUUUCAGACAUCAUUUUACUUUGGUUAUAUGGCAGUAUUUAGCACAGCCUUGGGAAUAAUGUGUGGAGCUAUUGGCUAUAUGGGAACAAGUGCCUUUGUUCGAAAAAUCUACACUAAUGUGAAAAUUGACUAAGAAACCUGAACUCUGGAACAGUCGACAUUUUGGGGGUGGGCUGGGGAGGGGGCAGAGUAUAUAAACUUGCACACCAAAAAGCGCAAGAAGAAACUUGUGUGUGUAACACUGGGCACUCUGUGGGUCUCUGUUUUGUGGAUCAUUUAAAGCAACAUCUGUUUUCAUUGAUCCUGCGUUUUUACUGACAUUCUCGAUCUAUUCUCAGCAAAUGCUUGGAUUGUAUUCAGUAGACAUUACCACAGUACUGGCUAAACUUCCCAAAAUGUAGCGCAUUAAAGUUGAAAUAUAGACUAGCUCUCUUCAGUGAAGAGGACAAAAUUGUAUUUAAGCAUUUGUUCCAUUCAAUUAAAAAGGAAAGUGAAACGGUUGUUCCUUAAAACUUAGCUGAUCAGUUACCGGUACUUAAAACACUGUUCUAGAAAGAUUCCUUCCCUCCAACUUUAAUGCUGUUUGACAGGGUAAAGUUAACGCUGGAUGCUACCAGGAUGAAUUUGCAGUGUCCUCCUCAUACACAUCCGCAGGUUUAUUCAGACAUGGCAGAUAAUUUGCAUGUGACAUCACUUACCAGUCUAAUUGGACCAGUUUCCCUUUAAUUCAUCUUUAAAGGACUAUCCAGCUAUAUCUGAGAUCCAUCCAAAGAAACUUUGAGUACUAAGGGGGAGUUCUCUGCACUGUAAGUUGUUUGUACAGUUAGAAAGCAAAAAAUGUUAAAAGAAGAUGCAAUCUGUUUUUAUUAAAUACUCGGAGGUCUAGAUUAAAACAAAUAACUGAAUGUCUAUAAUUUCUGUUACUUUUUCCCUUCUUCUUUGGUUGGUCCUUCCCUUCCCGCAAGGUUUGGAGUGUUUCCUUGAUGAUGUAAAAGGGGUAAUAAGUGUAUAAAACAUUAAAUAAUGUAACUUAGAUGUAGCUCCCAAAUGUAUUUGGAUGUACAGAUUUACUAAAGAAUACUUUUUUCUGAUGA